CAGCAGCAGAAGGUGAGGUUCUGACAACUUUGUGGGGCAGAUGGCUGCCUGGGCCAUUAAGGAGUCUAUGAGAUGGAGCUACCACCUAAUAGCCACUCAACAGCGUGGAGGAGAGUGUGGAUGCAAUAACCCUAUCACCAUCAUCAGACAGCCCAGAAGAGUUCUGUUUGUCAGUGGCAUGAAGAAAAAAGAUGCAGCGAAGAAGGACCAACGAAGAUGACAAUUUGAUCACCAGUGAAGAUAAUCCAGAGGCCUUUUAUGGAAGCCUAGGUGUGGCCUCUGAGAAGAACAUCAAAAAAACUACUUUUGAGAACCUAAAUGAGGAACCUGAGCAGAACAUCAAGCAUCCUAGUUAUGAGAACCUAUCCACAUAUUACCCCAGGCAGAACACAGAGGAGCAAACCUAUGAAAGUAUAUAUGAACAAAACAGUAAGACCCCACAGGAGGGGAAUAAAAAAAAGCCUCGUCAGGUUGUGAAGAGCAUCGCAGCCUUCUUCAGUGAUGGGCAUAAAAGAAUAGACUUUGUCCUUGCAUGGGAAUCAGAUCUCCAGGAUAUGGAAGGACAAAAUGGCAAGGGCCAGAAUGAAAAACACAGGCAAAAGAAAUCAGUUGAAAUGCACAGGAUCUGGCGAGAGAGGUUUCUGAGUAAACUCAGAACAACAGGGCUCCAAAUGGAAAUGCACAUAGCCCAGAAGGCAAAAAAGGUGGUGUAUUAUGUACUGCUGAAUGCUCCUUGGAGUGUGCUUUGUUACUAUGCUGAAGAUCUUAGACUGAGAGUCCCCCUGCAGGCUGUGCCCAAUCAGGAUGUGACUAACUGGUCUCACAAAAUUCUGAUGAAACUGGCCAUUCCUAACCUUCUGUAUGAUGAGGUUCCUGACCUGCCCUUGGACUACUACACCUGUCAUUUUAAGGCAAGCAAGUUACAAUGGUUUCUCGGAAGUCAUCACCAUGAGACCUUCUUCAGCAGCACACAGCGACACAGAAUACUAUAUGAGAUCCUGGCCACCACGGCAUAUGGCAACUCAAAGGAAGGGGAGGUUGGAAUAGACAGGCUGCUGAAUGAAGAAGUCUUCACAGCUGCAUUCCCUUUGCAUGAUGGUACCUAUGAGAUGCCAUCAGAGGAGAUGCCCCUUCCUGAGCUGAAUCAGAGGCAGAUUCUUUUCCACUUCUGGGCCCGGUGGAGAAAGUGGAAUAAAUACCAGCCUCUGGAUCAUAUCCGCAGGUACUUUGGGGAGAAGAUUGCACUCUACUUUGCUUGGCUUGGUUUCUACACUGCAUGGCUCUUUCCCGCAGCUGUAGUGGGAACACUGGUCUUCCUAAUCGGCAUUUUUAUGGUGUUUGAUGACAUCCCAACAGAGGAGAUCUGUUCCAGUGGUGGUCGAUACCAGAUGUGCCCACUCUGCAAAGUCUGCCCGUACUGGAAUCUCUCUAGCAUCUGCUCUAUGUUUCAGGCUGGACGUCUUUUUGACCAUGGUGGGACUGUCUUCUUCAGCAUCUUCAUGUCUCUGUGGGCAGUCACAUUCCUUGAGUACUGGAAAAGAAUGAAUGCCACCCUAACACACCGAUGGGACUGUUCAGACUUUGAAGAUAUUGAGGAACGUCCACGGCCCCAGUUCACUGCCAUGGCACCCAUGACAACGAAGAAUCCGAUUACUGGAGAAGAGGAGCCGUAUUUCCCCAAGCGUAAUCGUUUCAACAGAAUCAUCGCUGGAUCGAUGGCCAUCAUCAUGAUGAUUGCUGUGGUGGUGAUGUUCCUGAUUUCCAUAAUCCUUUACCGGGCCAUCAUUGCCAUAGUUGUCGCCAAAUCUGGGAACUUCCUCGUCGUAGCAUCGGCUUCACGUAUUGCCAGCAUCACGGGCUCAGUGGUGAACCUCAUCUUCAUCCUCAUCCUCUCCAAAAUUUAUAUAGCCCUGGCACAUUUUCUUACCAAGUGGGAAAUGCAUCGCACCCAGACCAUGUAUGAAGAUGCUUUCACCUUUAAAGUGUUUGUCUUUGAGUUUGUAAACUUCUACUCCUCUCCCAUCUACAUUGCCUUCUUCAAGGGCAGGUUUGUGGGCUUUCCAAGCCACUACAAAAUGUUGCUGGGCAUGCGUAAUGAAGAAUGUGGUCCAGGUGGCUGCCUCAUUGAGCUUGCCCAGGAGCUGCUGAUCAUCAUGGUGGGAAAGCAAAUAUUUAACAACAUACAGGAGCUCCUCAUCCCGAAGGUGAAAUCAUGGUGGCAUAAGCGGGGCCUUCUCUUUAAAAAGAGGCAGAAUAACGAGGGCCAGGAAAGCUUCAUUCAGCCACUCUGGGAGAGUGAUUAUCAACUGCUGCCCUAUGAAGGGCUCUUUGAGGAAUACCUGGAAAUGGUUCUGCAGUUUGGCUUCAUCACCAUCUUUGUGGCUGCCUGCCCUCUGGCACCUCUCUUUGCCUUGCUCAAUAACUGGGUGGAAAUUCGCUUGGAUGCCAAGAAGUUUGUCUGUGCAUACCGGCGCCCAGUUGUUGAGCGGGCCCAAGGCAUUGGCAUCUGGUUCCAUAUCCUGGAGGUCAUCACACACCUAGCAGUCAUCAGCAAUGCCUUCCUGAUUGCCUUCACCUCAGACUUCCUCCCUCGGCUCUAUUACCAGUACACUCGUCACAGCAACCUACAGGGCUAUGUUGAUUUCACCUUGGCCUAUGCCCCCGAGGCUUAUAUUGCACAGAACAAUGUCACAUGCAGGUACCGAGCAUAUAGAACACGGAGUGGCAGAUAUUCACUAGUUUACUGGAACCUACUUGCAAUCCGCCUUGGCUUCAUAAUUUUAUUUGAGCAUGUGGUUUUUUUCAUUGCACGUCUGAUAGAUAUGAUGGUGCCCGACAUCCCAGAAACAGUGGCGAUAAAAGUGAAGCGAGAACACUACCUAGCAAAGCAAGCACUGGCUGAAAACAAGGCCCUUGUUGAGGUAAUAGAUGUGGCAAAACAAGCCCCUUUGGCAGAGAAGCAGGUGGCUCCAGAGAGGGCGACUCGGGAGCCAGAAAGAGGUGCUGUUUGAUCCUGGGCAGGUUACCAGAGGAGCAAGCUUCACUGUAUCUGCUAAAUAUGUUCCAAAUACCAUCUUCUAGAUCAUUGCUUGAAGCCUUUGAGGCCCCUGGAAUUUAAUCUGCUCACCUGUUCCUGGAACUGCAUCAAGGAGUUUGUGAAGAAAAAUGUUGCAAUCAAGAGUGUGCAAGACAUGCAUUGACAGCAGAUUAAUCCAAGCAUCCCAGUGUGUCAGCUCUGCUGUCACCAUGUCAUCAGUGAAUAAAUCUGUCAAACCGUGCCCCACUCCCGGGGGGGGGGGGGGCUGACCAUGGAAGACUUUUCACAGAUUUGUAUGUAAUAUUGAAUGUCUAGCAUGGAUAGAAUACCAUGCUCUGCUUGCUUACUUCUAAAGGAAGGCUGCCUUUAACUUGUGAAAUACAAGUUGGGUGCAAGGAAUUUUCUGAGGGAAGGUAUGAAUCUGUACCACUACCUGGCCUGAAGAAAGGCAAGAGCUGCUCCUUGAAUUCUUAAAAGCCCCACUGCUUUGCAUUUGAGUGAAGGCAGCAAGCUGCAGCCUCGCUGAUUACUGGAAAGUAGCUAUGCAGUCUGCUUAGCGGCAAAUACUUACUAGUAGACAGGGAAGUAAGAGCUUGGCCUUAGCUACACAAGAAGCCUGUUCUUCAUCCUUCCUCCAUCUCCCUACUCCCCAGCAACACAAGACUGUAAUAAUUUUCUAUACACUGAAUUGCCUGCUUCAGCUGGACCCAGGUUUCAGGAAUAUGCCACAUUGAUGUCAAUCAUGUUUGAACAGUAACCAUAUGGAGAACAAAUAAGACAUAAUCAGACAUUCAAUCUCAAUAGGUAAAACACAUGUGUUUGUAUGUACUCAAGUUGGAACCUAGGAAGAGGAGUGGUAGCUGUUCAGUUAUUAGAAAGAUAGGUAAGAAUCUUAAAAUGGAAACUUUUUUAAAAAAAGUAAAUAGAAAAUAAAUACAACCA